UGGAUUGAUUUGAGGGGAGAGAAGUGGUUGACUCUUUGUGGACAGGAGCAUUUCCCCAAAAGGAAGGGUCUCUGAAUCCCAAGCCUUGGCGUUUUCUAAGCCCUGUGAUUACAGGUGAAGGGCAAGUGAGCAAGGAAGGCAGAAAGUCAAAAGGCAACUGAGCUGUGGAAGGAGGUCUGUUAACCAGGAGGAACAAGAAUUGCUCUCAUUUCCCCUUGCCCCCCACAACUGGAGUUUCCCACAACAGGGUGCUAGGCUUCCAGGACUAGGUUAGAAAAGAAACUGGUGGGCAAAAUGGCUAGGAAGAUGAGCAUCGACCAGCUGGAAGACCAGCUGCUGUGCCCCAUUUGCCUGGAAGUCUUCAAAGAGCCCCUGAUGCUCCAGUGUGGGCAUUCAUACUGCAAGACCUGUGUGGUCGCGCUUUCAGUUGACCUGGAGAGCCAGUUCCUUUGCCCGGUGUGCCGAAGGCUGUGGACUGCAGCAGUUCCCCGCCCAACGUCAUCUGGCUCGUAUCAUGAGGCACUGCAUGCUGCAGGCAGCUCAGAUCCCAAUGAGGAGUCCUGCCCUAACCACCACCCCCUCAGCCUCUUCUGUGAGCAAGACCAGGAGGUCAUCUGUGGUCUCUGCGGCACCAGCACCCAUCAGCACCACAAGGUCACCCCCAUCUCGACCAUCUACAGCCGGAUGAAGGAGAAGCUCUCUGCGUUGAUGACGGAGGUGCAGAAGCAGAAGGGGAGCUUGGAUGAGCAUGUCAGCAGGCUGAUGAACAAGACGCGCAUUGCGAACGAGUCCGAUGUCUUCAAAUGGGUGGUCCGGAAGCAGUUCCAGGAACUGCACAGAUACAUCGAUGAGGAGAAGGCUAGGUUCCUGGGUCGGAUUGAGAGGGAGGCAAGCCAGCUUAUCACCUCCAUCGAAGUCCAGGUGAAUCAGACGACAGACAUCUUGCAGAAGCUGAAGGAGCUGGAGAAUUCCCUGGAGAAACUCAACAACGAAGGCCAGUUGGAUUUCAUAAGGAAAUACAGAUCUCUUCCCUCCAGGUCUGAGCUCCCCCGCCAGCAUCUGGCCGAUGGUAUGUUCAGCUCAGUCUCCUUUAAGCCCGACUUCCACCAAGAUGACAUCAAGAUGAUGGUGUGGAAGAGAUUGCUACGCAAAGUCCUCCCAGCUCCAGAGAUGCUGAAACUGGACCCAGUGAGUGCACACCCCAUCCUGGAGCUGUCCAGGGGAAACACCAUGGUCCAGUGUGGGGUGUUCUUCCAGAGGCGAGGCAGCAACCCUGACCGCUUCGACUACAGCAACUGCAUCCUGGGUAACAAGGGCUUCUCCUGGGGGAAGCACUACUGGGAGGUGAUUGUGGGCCUCAAGAGCCACUGGCGUUUGGGCAUUGUCAAAGCCACGGUCAACCGCAAGGGCAAGCUGAACAAGAGCCCUGAGCAUGGGGUGUGGCUGAUUGGCCUGAAGGAGGGCAAGGUCUAUGAGGCCUUCAACAACCCACGUGUGGUGCUGCCGCUCUCAGCCCGCCCCCAGCGUAUCGGGGUCUACUUGCACUACGAGAAGGGUGAGCUGACCUUCUACAAUGCCGACAGCCCUGACGAACUGGUACCAAUUUACACCUUUCAAACAGAGUUCCAGGGCAAGCUGUACCCCAUCCUGGACAUGUGUUGGCAUGAACGGGGCACCAACACGUUGCCCAUUGUCCUGCCUACGCCUACCAUGCUGCAGGUCCAAGAAGAUGAUGGCCUCAAUGCCCAGGAGCCCACCAAGUUGUAAGUGGGCAGUUCCUGCCUGCUGAGCAGCAGAGUGAGUGUCAU